GGACAGCAAUGGACCCGCCAGAGCAGGGGCUGCUGUGCCUCAAUGUUCUCCUCCUGGGUAGGCCCCAGGCGGGCAAGAGCGCCACCGGAAACACCCUCCUAGGAAGCUACGAGUUUCAGAGCCGGCUCUCUCCGGGGGCCGUGACGCGGGAGUGCCGGCUCUGCUGGAAGAACUUCCCGGGAUUCCUGCGACGGCAGGGGGUGGAGACGGCACUGCGUCUCCAGGUGCUGGACACCCCCGCCUACCCCAACUGCCUCCUGAGUUCGGAGCGGGUGAAGCAGGACGUGGCGACAGCCGCGGAGAAGGUGUUCCCUGAGGGAGUGCACAUGCUGGUCCUGGUCACGCGGGCUGAUGUCCCCAUCUGUGAGGAUGACCACCAGCUCGUUCACCUGGCUGAGGAGCUGCUGGGCCCAGGGUGGAGGAGUCACACCCUGCUGGUCCUCAGUCACAGUGACCGUGUGAGCGGGGCUAGGCUCAAGGGUGAGGAGUACCUAAGACUGGCAUCGGGAGCCUUCCAAGCCCUGCUGGAGUCUGUGGAUCACAGGUAUCACUUUGUGGACAACUCUGUGGCCUGGCCCCAGGCAGAAGGCAGACCCCUGCUGGAGAAACUGCUCAGAAUAUCCAGCCAAAACAAAUACAGCAGACUACAAAUCAAACCUGGUCAUGUUAAUGACUUGGGUAAGAGGCAACAGGAACGGCCCACACACAAUGAGUCAAUUCAUUUGUCGUAAGUAAAGGAAGAAUGAAUAAUGAAAUUAAAGUGUAGUGUUAGAGU